UUUCAUUUAUCACAUCACAAAAUCACAUUGAAAAUUAACCUAAAAAAAAUGGCAUUUAUCUUUAAAGAUUUAUUACCGAAAGUUUUCAGGUUCAAUUACCAAUCUCAAUAUAUUAGAAACAAAUUGAUGCCAUGUGUGUCGACAGUUGACUCUCACAAUAAAUUUUAUUCGAAUGUGCCAACACCUUAUGAAAUUAUUAAUGAUUUGAAUGAAAAAAAAUCAAAUGAGUACAUUAUUAACACUGUGAAAAAUCUCACGAAUGAUAACAAACAAGGAAGAAUUUAUGCUGUAGUGCAUGUAGCUGGCAAACAAUUCAAAAUAACAAAUGGAGAUGUAAUUGUUGUUGAAGGAUAUUGGCCUCCUGAAAUUGGCGAUAAAAUAACUUUGGAUAAAGUUUUAUUAGCGGGAUCUCAAGAUUUUACCUUAAUUGGUAGACCUAUUGUGCAGAAAGGUCUAAUUCAAGUUAAUGCCACAGUUAUAGAAAAAACCUUAUCACAUACUAAAACGCAUUUCAAGAAAAAAAGGAGGAAACAAUAUAUGAGAAUCAACUUUUACAGAAUACCUCAAACAUAUUUGAGAAUUAAUGACAUAAAAAUUGAAGCUGAAAUAAAUAAUCCAAAGGAAGUGAGAGGACUUGAUUCUGUAAUAUUAUAAGAAAAAUUUGUAAAUUAAUAUUCUGAAUUGCAAUCCAAGGUAAUUUAAAAAAAUGUAAUAUCACCCAAUAUAGUAAUAUCUUAUUUUGGUUUUCUCUUUAGAUAUAUGUAAGUGAAUAAAUAAUUCAGAAAUCAAA